CCUUUUACAUUGUCCACCAAGACCUGUUGAAUCUGGCAGCUCUACCCUUCCAGACAUUCAGUAGUGGUGUCCAGUCCCUUCUUUUUCAGACUAGUGUUAAUCUCCAUCCCUUCAGUACUAUUUUAGUCAAUAAAGGGCUUUAGCCAAAUAAAGUCAGGACUCGGUGAAGAACAGAUCUUGUCUUUGUCUCUGAAUAACCCGGGAGUAAAGAAAGGACCAGAGGGGUAAAAGAAAGCUUGAAGAGUUUCACUAAGCCAAAAUGUCAUCUGAAUUGGAGACACCAUCAGAGGGAGUGGAUGAAUCUGAAAAAAGAGGCUAUGAAGAACCCGAAUGGAAAAACCAUGCAAAACAAACAGAUCUUUCUGAGCUUCUAAAGGAUGGGACCAAGGAGUCUCAUGACCGUGCUGAGAAUACCCAGUUUGUCAAAGAUUUCUUGAAAGGCCAUAUCAAGAAGGAUCUCUUCAAGCUAGCUACCACUGCACUUUAUUUCACAUACUCGGCUCUGGAAGAAGAGAUGGACCGCAACAAGAGUCACCCAGCCUUUGCUCCCUUGUAUUUCCCUACGGAGCUACACCGUAAAGAAGCACUGACCAAGGACAUGGAGUAUUUCUUUGGUGAGGAUUGGCGGGAGAAAGUGAAGUGUUCGGAGGCUACUCAGCACUAUGUAGACCGCAUCCAUUAUGUGGGGCAGCACGAGCCUGAGCUCCUUGUGGCCCAUGCCUACACCCGGUACAUGGGGGACCUCUCUGGGGGCCAGGUACUGAAGAAGGUGGCCCAGCGGAUGCUGAAGCUGCCAAGCACAGGAGAAGGGACCCAGUUUUACCUGUUUGAGAAUAUAGACAAUGCCCAGCAGUUCAAGCAGUUUUAUCGGGCCAGGAUGAAUGCCCUGGACCUGGAUCUGAAGAUCAAGGAGAAAAUCGUCGAGGAGGCUAACAAGGCCUUUGAGUACAACAUGCAGAUUUUCAAUGAAUUGGAUAAGGCUGGUUCUUUGCUGGCCAAAGAAUCCCAGGAUGGAGAGCUCCCAAUACAUGAUGGGAAAGGAGAUGUCCGCAAGUGCCCGUACUAUGCUGCUCAACAAGGUAAAGGUGCCCAUGAGGGUAGUGCUUGCCCCUUCAAAAAUGUCAUGGUCGUAUUGAGGCAGCCCAACCUUCAACUCGUCCUCGCUGCUGUUGUGGCCCUGGCUUCUGGACUGAUGGCUUGGUACUUCAUGUGAAGGAGCAACCCAGGACCCUGGUACCCUCCAGGAAUGAUCUCACUCAAUUUACCCCUACCCUAAUCCUGCUGACUAAACCACCUCCUCAGGUGACUUUUUUUUUUUUUUUUUUUUGGUUAAAAAAAGCUGGGUUUGAGAAAACAAGCAACCAAUAAAACCAGACACUAAAGUUAACACCCAAUGGAUUGCUCUCUGCAAUAUGAUUUUGUAAUCCAAAUAUUAAGGGGGGUGGGGAUGGUUUAGAGUCAUGGAUCCUCCUCAGCAAUAUAAACUCAGAGGAAGACGCAAACCCAGAACUUAGUGAUACAGCUUAAAUCCAAAACCGUCUAUGCAGUGGAGCAAUUUCCCUCAGCCUCUUGGAAUGAGCCCUUAAGGGCUCUACCUUGUACUUAAAGAGUUCUCUUCUUUCCUCUCAUCUCUCAUCACUCAGGUUUGUGUUGAUCACUUUCAGUGAAUGAGAUGCUUCAUUCAAAACAAUGGUUAACAUGUAGGGUUGGAAAGAGGGAGAGAGAAAAAGAAUAAAGCUGCUAUAUUGUGUCCACCACACCAAAGGCAGGGGGACAAAUAGCCCUGGGAGGAAAAUGGCCUGUGUUUCUGGACUUGGGAACCAGGCUUCUACCCUAGACUUUGAGGAAGUUUCAUUUUGACUACUUCCUUCAGCAGACCAAUCCUUACUGUCUCUUAUGGACAGAACCACAGAAGCAAAGAGUUAGGCUUCUCAUGUAACCAACGUAAAUGCUAAAGCAUCCAAUAAAAUUUAUACUU